AGAUCUCUCCUCUUUCAGCUCCUGCACAAUGCUUUGUAUGGCUCUGCAUUGCAAAGCCAUACAAGCAGUGUGCUUACAGAUGAAAGCACUAACCCAGUCCCCAUAAUAAAACAGCAUACAGUUAACCCUUUGAUCGCCCCACAUGUUAACCCCUUCCUGCCCAGUGCCAAUAGAACAGUCACAGAUAUACUGAUCACUGUAUUGGUGUCACUGGGGAUGUCAGUGACACCAAGUCAGUUCCCUCCAGUGUUAGAAUGCCCGCCGCAAUCCUGUUAUAAGUCGCUGAUCGCUGCCAUUACUAGUAAUAAAAAAAAUUCCAGUAUCUUUACCGCCAUUUGUAAACGCUAUAACUUUCAUGUAAACCAAUUAAUU